AUGCCCGGAGAUCAGAGACACGUAGCCUACCGUGGGGUUUCUGUCUUCGUCAUCUCAGGCUCCUAUAACAAAAUACUGCAGAUUGCGGGCUUUAUAAACAGACAGCUGUUGCUCACAGUUCUGGAGGCUGGAAGUCCAAGGUCAAAGCGCAGAAUCAGUGCCAGUGCAGAGAGACACUGGCUCCAUGUCAGCUCAGAUGCAUGCUGCCUGGCCAUCAUAUGGAAGUAUGGUGGCAUCUAUAUGGACAAUGAUGUCAUUUCCAUAAGGCCCAUCCCUGAGGGGCACUUCUUGGCUGCACAGUCUUCUUGGUACUCUAGCAACAGGGUGUUUGGAUUCAUGUCCCACCACCCUUUCCUGUGGGAGUGCAUGGAAAACUUUGUUGAACACUACAAUUCAGACAUCUGUAACUAGGGUCGCAAUUUGAUGACAAGGAUGUUGAGACUGUGGUGCAAACUCAGAGACUUCCAGGAGGUGAACGACCUCAGGUGUCGGACCCUGUCCUUCCUACAUCCCUACAGAUUUUACCCCAUCUCCUAUUGGCAAUGGAGGUGCUACUAUGGAGUCUGGGACCCAAAAUUGAGCUUCAACAACUCCUAUGCCCUGCACCUGUGGAACUACAUGAAUCAUGACAAGAAGGUUGUGGUCAGAGGAAGCAACACACUGGUGGAAAAUAUCUACCAUAAGCACUGUCCCAGGACUUACAGAUAUCUGAUUCAAUGCACAGAGGGGCUGGUGACUGGGAAGCCAGGGCCAGGUAACAAACAGAGCCAACCCUGGGGUGUUGCUAACAUGGUGUGGAACUAG